GCAGCCGGAGCAGCAGCCGCAGCAGCCGUGGGAGCGGCGGGGCCCGGGAAGACUCAGCGCCGCCCGGACGGGGCCCCCCGCAAGGAGCCCGGGGAGCCCCCCAGGAACGAGCCCGAGGCCCGGCGGGAGGUGGCGGAGGCGGCCGCCCAGCCCCGCUCAGGCCCAAGAGCCGCCGCGGCCUCCAGUGGCAGCCGGGCCCGGGCGAGAGGAGCCGGGGCCUGGGGAGGGGGAAGCCAGGGAGAGCCCCCAGCUAGCCCGGGGUGACAGCCCCGUCCCCCGCCGCGGGAGAGACCCCAAAUCCCAGCCGUGGGGCGAGAGCCUCAUAGGCAGCUCCCUGAUCCGUAGCCACGGGGGAGAGACCCCGAUUACCAGCCCCAAAUAUCUGCCAAGCGGCGGACUCAGCCCACUGACCGGGGCGAGACCCUGUGCAGCCCCCUACCCAUCCGGGGUGGAGCCACCUUUAGCUCCCCAGUACUUCGUCAGAGGGCGCAGAGAGACACCCUCCCCCAUCCCUCCAGAUCUAAAAUAGACGAGGAGACACCCCCUCCCCCAUUUUUCCCAAGCCCAGCCAGACAGUCAGUGGGGAACCUCCAGGAGAGAGACCCCUUAUGUCCAUCGGGGACAGAGCAACCCCUCAAAUACUUAGCCAGAAAGAAGCAAAACACCAAAUAGUUACCCAGUAAUUAAUUAACACCCAUUCAGUACCCAACAAGAAAGUAAGGCCUGGGGAAGAGACACCUCUCACCGACUGGCAGUGCCUAGAACACAGUUCUAGAUACCAACCUGGCAAGGGGCACUCCCCCCGAAAGAGGAAAUAUCUUCACACUCCUAUAAAGAGACUGUCCCAGUAUCCCAUGUAAGGUGGGGGAGAAACACCUGCCAGCCAGCCACCAGGGAAGAGAAAAGAGACUUCCCUGAAAUAUUCACAGUUAGCAAGAGGAACUCCCCCAGAGAAGCGGGAGAUUUGCCUGCCCCAAAAGGGGACGUGAACCUAUAGGGAAGAGAAAAGGGACCCCCAGUUAGGGAGGGAAGGGGGAAUUGAUCUCCUAUAUAACCAGAGAGCCAGUGGGGAGAAGAAAACAGUAUCUCCCCAGAGUGACACCCCUUAAAUAGUUAGCUAUUAAAGAAGAGAGAAAGGAGGAGAUCCCUAUCCUAGGAUACCACCAGCAAUUUACGGGGCAGACAACCCCAAGCAGAUCAUUCUACCUCUCAGGGUCCCGACUUCAUCCACAAUCCCCUCCCUCUCAAAAUCUGAAGAAGAUCUUGGAAUACCUGGCAGCAAUGCUCUGAGGAUUGAGUCCAGGGGAGGAGUGUGAAGGGCAGCACCCCAAAAACCAGUGCUGGAGAUAACGCCCCCCUCCCUACAGAAAAUCUUCCAGACAGACAGACAGUGUGGCUUCCAGCAUCAUGGCCUCUGACCUGGAAAGCAGUCUCACUUCCAUAGACUGGCUCCCCCAGCUCACCCUGCGAGCUACUAUUGAGAAACUAGGGGGUUCCUCGCAGGCGGGGCCCCCAGGGGCUGCCCGGAAAUGCCCCCCAGGCUCCCCCACUGACCCCAACGCCACCCUGAGUAAGGAUGAGGCUGCAGUGCACCAGGAUGGGAAACCGCGCUACAGCUAUGCCACUCUGAUUACCUAUGCCAUCAACUCGUCGCCUGCCAAGAAGAUGACACUUAGCGAGAUCUACCGUUGGAUCUGCGACAACUUCCCCUACUACAAGAACGCUGGCAUCGGAUGGAAGAACUCCAUUCGCCACAACCUGUCUCUGAAUAAAUGUUUUCGAAAGGUGCCUCGACCGAGGGACGAUCCUGGGAAGGGUUCUUACUGGACAAUAGAUUCCUGUCCAGAUAUCUCCCGCAAGAGGCGGCACCCUCCAGACGAUGAUUUAUCACAGGACUCCCCAGAACAAGAGGCGAGUAAGAGCCCACGGGGGGCUGUCCCAGUCAGCACAGAAGCCUCUCUGCCCCCUGAGGCUACCCCUCAGCUAUCACUGCAGAGCACCACACCCAUUGCCAACUACAGUCAGCAGGGCACAGGGCCCGUGGAUGUGGCAGCCACUGUGGCGGGAGGGCAGGGCCGUGAAGGGGCAGAUGUGCCACCCCCGCUCUACAGUACUAACCACGACUUCAAGUUCUCCUACUCUGAGAUCAACUUCCAGGACCUGAGCUGGUCUUUCCGAAACCUCUACAAAUCCAUGCUGGAGAAAUCGUCCUCUUCCCAGCACGGUUUCUCUUCUCUCCUUGGCGACAUGCAGCCCUCCAAUCACAACUACUACAUGUACCAGCAGCAGCAGGGCCCCUCAUCAGUGGGGGCUGCUCCCCCACUCCACACCCCAAGCCCAGAGGGCUGUCCACCCCAGGGGGGCAAGCAGCAGGGUGGCGAUGGCUAUGGCCCCCCACCUGUGAUGUCCAUGCACCCACCCCCGAUGCAGCAUGGAGGGUACCACCAGCACCAGCAGCACCACCCGCACACUCACCCACAGCAACAGCAGCACCAACACCAGCAGCACCAGCAGUCACAGGCUUCAAUCAACAACGCUGGCUUUGCAUUCCCCCCUGAGUGGUGCUCCAACAUUGACUCGCUGAAGGAAAGCUUCAAGAUGGUGAACCGGCUGAACUGGUCUAGCAUUGAACACUCCCAAUUCUCAGAGCUGAUGGAGAGCCUGCGCCAGGCUGAGCGGAAGAACUGGACCCUGGAUCAGCACCACAUUGCCAACCUCUGUGACUCCCUCAAUCACUUUCUCACCCAGACUGGUCAGCUCCCUCACCUGGGGGGCCCUCAGCAGCCCCCCCGAAUCUCUGAUUCUUGCGCCCUGAAUAGUGGCAAGCAGGAGCAGUCCAUGAACCAAGGUACACAGGCGGGGGACCCAGGAUGCCGUGCAAAUGGGUGA